UGCUUUCUGUAUCAAUGCUACAGCGUGCUGGGAGUCUACCUCGAGUACAACUUCAGUGUCACCAUGGACGAGCGUCAGCGGAAUGAUUACAUCGUUUUCCCCGCAGUCACAGUGUGCGUCGACGGCUGGCUCAGCACCGAGAAGCUGUGCAAAUACAGGCCUAACAAGUGCCACAAGCACGACAUGAUGGAAGCCCCGGGCUUGUACAUAGUGCAGUCCAUGCCGGUCCUACGGAAUGCCACAACGUUCCCAGCCCAGGAGCUGUUCUCUUGCGUGAUGACGGCUGGCGGAGCGAGGUGCCCCGCUUAUAACUGCAGCGACAGAAUUCAGAGCACAUACUACAGGCUCCCAUCGCAGCUGUGCUUCACGUUCGACGUGAACGCGAUACCGCAAGAGGAACACCCUUUCCAGGAUUGUCCAAGUCAGUGGGACUGGGAGCUGGAGCUUCGCUACAAAUUCUCUCAACGGGACACGAUGCUGUUUCUACCAAAGUGGGUGUACCCGCUAUUCGUGCACCAAACAGGACUCAGCCCUCCCGACCAGCUUUCCGCUGUGCAGCUGCUCCCGGGAAAGGUCAUCCACGUGACCGUCAAGCAGGCGAGAAACUUGCACCUCUGCCGACCUCACGAAGUCGGAACCUAG